GCACCGAUAAUUAAAACAAAAUCCAGACGAGCCACUCCCAGCAUUUCCAACUGCCGAAUUUUGUACACGUCGUGCGGGCCAAACACCUGCGAAUCUCUCACCAAUUCAAGCGUAUACAUUUUAUGUGUCUUGAAGCACAGUGUAGAGUUUGGCUAGCGGGCUUUACCUACAAUCCUCCGCCGUGAACGCUUCUCCUAACUUUCAUCCUACAGGUCCCAGUCUGAUUACCUAUAGUUGUGGCCCCAAAAAUGACUUCAUCAGACGGCGUAGUAGACACAGCCCUGGUGGCUUGGGAUUAUUUGGCCAUUGUGACGUACCUUGUCUUAGUGCUUGGUGUAGCAUUCCUGUCAUUAUGUCGCUCCAAUCGAGGAACUGUCAGCGGCUAUUUUCUGGCUGGUCGAUACAUGUUUUGGUUACCGGUCGGUGCGUCUCUGUUUGCGAGCAACAUCGGCAGCGAGCACUUCAUUGGUCUCGCAGGCUCAGGAGCUGCUGCUGGUAUCGGAGUUGGUGCUUUUGAACUCAAUGCAUGCCUACUCCUUCAGCUGCUGGGAUGGGUGUUUUUACCAGUCUACAUCGCCAGCGGGGUUUACACCUUACCAGAGUACAUGCGGAAGCGUUUUGGCGGGCAGAGGAUCCGCGUCUAUCUGGCCAUGAUGUCACUCAUCCUGUACGUCUUCACUAAGAUCUCGGUCAAUCUGUACUCUGGAGCUCUGUUUCUCCAGCAAGCCCUGAAAUGGAAUAUCUACCCGGCGGUGUGCCUCUUGCUAGUAUUGACAGCCGUUUGCACGGUCACCGGCGGGCUGGCUGCAGUCAUCUACACCGACACGCUGCAGUUCUUCAUCAUGCUGAUCGGGGGAUUCAUGUUGAUGAUCAUGAGUUUCAUCGAGAUCGGCGGUUACGGAGCUCUUAAGGAGAAAUACAUGCAAGCCAUCCCCAACGAAACGUUCUACUCCAACACGUCGUGCGGCAUCCCACGCGAAGACUCGUGGGAGAUGCUGCGUGAUCCCAUAGACUCAGACUUGCCGUGGGCCGGCUUCAUAUUCGGCCGCACCUGUGCGUCCAUUUGGUACUGGUGUGCUGACCAGAUGAUGGUCCAACGAGCGCUGUCAGCUAAGAGUCUGUCCCACGCCCAAGGGGCAUGUCUCUUCGCUGGGUACACCAAGUUCCUGCCCUUCUUUCUAAUGGUUCUGCCGGGAAUGAUCAGCCGUGUGCUCUACACUGAUGAAGUUGCCUGUGCAUCCCAGGAGACUUGCAUGGCCGUCUGUGGCAGCCCGCUUGGGUGCACCAACAUCGCUUACCCCAAACUGGUCCUUGGAAUCCUACCAGUAGGUCUUCGUGGCGUCAUGUUUGCUGUCAUGUUGGCCGCUCUGAUGAGCGACCUCACCUCCAUCUUCAACAGCACCAGCACCCUCUUCACCAUCGACAUCUGGAAAUAUUUCCGAAUCAAGUACGGCAAGAAAGAACCAAGUGUACAUGAGCUCAUGAUCAUAGGAAGGUUGGUGGUGGUGAUCAUGGUCAUCCUGAGCAUCUUGUGGAUCCCAGUCAUACAGCAGAUGCAGGGCGGUCAACUCUUCAUCUACAUUCAGGAGGUAUCGGGCUUCCUAGCCCCUCCCAUAGCCGCAGUCUACGUAGUGGCCCUGCUUUGGUCUAGAGGCAACGAGAAGGGUGCCUUCAGUGGCCUUGUAGUUGGCUUCAUCAUCGGAAUGAUCCGUAUGAUCCUGGAUUUCACCUACCGAGCUGGGCCCUGCUGGGGCGUGGACAACAGGCCGGCCAUUACGGCCAAAGUGCACUACAUGUACUUCAGCCUGAUACUGUUCUGGAUCGUGAUUAUCGUGGAUGUUGUAGUCAGCUUGCUGACAGCACCCCCUGAGAAACAAAGGUUGAUUCGCACCACUUGGUGGACCCGCCACAGUGAGGAGAAACGCUGGGAUGACUUUGAAGAUGACAAAGAAGAGAUUGAACUGAAUGAUAAUGUGCGAGUUAUCACUGAAGAAGGACAACCAGCGGCACACAAGUCGUCGCUGCGUCGCGGCUACGAUUGGUUUUGCGGCUAUGACGACACCUUCGCAGGUAAGACCAAGGCUUGUCAGCACCAGGCUCAUCUCAAGGAGGUCUCGGCCCUCAAGCAGGACCCUCGAGCCAAGAUCUUCCUCAACAUCAACUUGGUCAUCAUCAUCCUGGUUACUACCACUGCCUAUGUAAUCUUCAGUGUACCCGGAUUACUGUAGUAACCGUGCAGGGCCCAUUAUCUCUUCGAAUAACUACCUUAGCGCCUUGAAUCCUUUGGCAAUUUGGCACUAUAAAUCCAGUUAUUUUGACAUUUUCUAGGUUGGGGCGACAGUUUUUUGUUACAUCCAUUAUUGCUGUAAUAGGGCAACACGCCUCAAUAGGGCAACAGUAUUACUGUCGCCCUAUUCUUGAAACUGCCAUUUUGACAAGGGGUUGGGGUAAGGGUGAGGGUAAGGGUUAGAGUAAGGGUUAGGGUUAGGGUAAGGGCAAGGGUAAAUUUUUGUGCACAAGUCUACGGAAGUGUCGAUCUAUGGUGGUUGUUAGUAUAGUUAUUGUUUAUGAUAUUAUCCAAAGAAGUAUACCUCCUCAAAGAACUACAUUUCAAAAUGUAUAUCGCCUUGGAGGUCUACCUGGAAAGAAUGUUGCAUCCUGACGUCACUUCAACAGUUGUGUACAAAGUCU